AUGGCCUCAUUCAAGUACAUCCCCCCACCUAACGACUUUCUCAAAGUCAUCGGCGACGCCAACCACUACGAGCAAGCCGUCGACCUAUGCAAUGGCUUCUACAAGAUCUCAGGCCAGGGUGGCUUCACCGACAAGGGCGAGAUGCCAUCCGACGUCAAGGACGAAGUAGAGCAGGCUGUCCAAAAUGUCGAAGACGUUCUCAAAGCAGCUGGUCUUCGUGGGUGGGAGGACGUUUACUACGUACGACAUUACCACACCGAUAUCGACGUGACUUUGCCUCUCGUGACAGAGGCGGUCAAGAGAAAGGUUCCCAACAAUCGACCUGGUGGUGUUGCGGCGGGUGUUACAAGGCUGGCUCUUCCGAAUAUGAGGAUAGAGAUUGAGGUUGAUGCGAAGAAACAUUCCUCGUAA